GCUUUUGUACAUCUCCUUCUUCUUACUAUUUUUUUUGACAAUCAAAUAAAUCAAAUGGGUUUUACAGAACUGAAAGAAAAGCAUAAAUGUACUUUAGCUUAUGAAGUUAAUAGUAAGCAAAGACGUUUAGUUUCGUCAUUACUUGCUCAGAAGCUUUUAAAAGAUGUGAAUUUUUCAAAAUUCAGAAAAAUUGAAUCCAUAAUCUACCUUAUGAAUCAUAUUACAGAUCAAUGUUGUAAGAAUUCUCUUGAUCAGCACUCUAAUUGCUUUCUCAAAUCUUGUUUCUUCUGCCAUAAAGCAAUUAGCCAGCACAAGGAAGUCUACAUUUACAGGGGUGAGCUAGGGUUCUGCAGUGCUGACUGCAGGAAUAAGCAGAUAUACUUGGAUGAAUUGAAAAAAAUUGAAACUUAUACUAAAAAAAUGUUAGCAUCCUUAGUCCGUCAACGUAGUCGAGGAGCUGGCCGGUGUAGGCAAAAUACCGUUGCAUCGGAGGAUUUCCAGCAGCAUGGCAAGCUAUCGUCUUCAGCAAAUCAAAUACAGCGGUUGGUUUAUACCCAUAUUUGAAAUAGACAAUAAUACCUUCUCAAGAACUUCAAAAUAAGUAAACUUUCGGAACUUGUCCCAAUUAUUUUAGGAUUAAAGACACCAUAUACCCUAAUCAACAAGUACUUCCAAAACUAAAUAAAACACCAACGAAAGUAAGGCAGACGAAUUAGACAAGGACAUGGGAAGAUGAGUGGCCGCAACCAAAACUUGAUGAACAAACGUCAACGUCGUCGCUGCAACCAAAACUUGAUGAACAAGAAAGAUGGAGCUGGAGGUGAUAAUAUAAAAGAAGAAACUGAAAAUAACUGUGAGUCGGUUGAUGAUGACGAUAUGCAGUUACAAGAAGCUAUUUUCAACUCAGUCCAGAAACUUGAAUUUGAUUUUCCUAUGGUUAAGGACGUUAAAAAGAAAGGCAUUGACACGUCGUGUAGACUAGUAAGAAUUAACGGAAAGAUCGGUACUGCGAGCAGCAUACAUGAAAGAGGUGAAUCAUCGUGCGUGUACUGUACGAUAUGUAAUAACAUGAAACGUGGUGGCUGCGGGCAUAUGUUCUGUGAAGAAUGCCUAAAUAAUUAUAUGCGAGAAAGGAUUAAAGAAGAUCUUUUAGAGGCAAAUUGUCCAGCAUCGAACUGCAAGGGAAAUUUUAGGGUUAAUAAAUAUUUCGUGCCACCUGAAUUUUUUUAAUCAAUGGCGUGACGCGGUUCUUGAAACUAAGGCUUUGGCUUCGUGUAAGGAAAUUGAGUGUCCUUUUGGGGAUUGUUCAGGUAAGUUGACUGAUGACAAAAGGGGUUUGAUUAGGGCAUGUCCAAAGUGUUGGAGAGUUUUUUGUGUUAAAUGUAAAGUUGAAUGGCAUCUGGGAUUGGAGUGUGAGACUUACCAAUUGAAAAGGAAACUUAGACCAUUGCCCAUGGUUUAUAUUAUGACAAGAAAAGAUGAUGAUGAAGAAGGAGAUGAUCAACCAGGCAAUAUCAAGGUCCUUCUUUUGAAGAAACUUAAUUAGGCAAUUAUUUUUCUCUUCCUUGAUUUGGCGUACUGGCGUACCAAGCAUUUUUUUGUUUAAAGCAUAGUCUUGAUAGAUUAUUACAUAGUUUGGUUGCAGAUUAUUAUUUAUAACAUACAAGUGUUGGAUUUGGAAAUGAAGGAUAUGCAUAUUAUUGUCGCUACUAGCU